AUGUCCGACGCUCAGCACAUUUCGCAUGGUACGCAGCCGCCGACGUCGCCGAAAGGCCACCCGCUACCGCGUCGGUCGUCUCCCGAGCAAUCGAUAACCCUUCGCAACCAUCGUUUAGCUCAAGAGGCGAGCACAAGGGCCGCAUCUAUGCGUGCUGCCCCAGAAAUUAGUUCGGGGUCGUCAUCACCACGCAGGCAGUCGUCCGGUGAGAGCCACAACACUGGACCCAGUGACCCCAAGAAAUGGUUCGAUCAGAACAACGAGAACCCUACUGCCUCGUAUUCUCACGGAAUGGAUGUUGACACCCCCUUCUUUCAAAAAAUGAGCGAGUCUUCAAACGAAGAUAACCCGCAACAGACUAGUUACCCUACACAUUUAGUGCCUCCCAUGCCCGGCAACUUCAAGCCGAGUGCAACGCACAGCAGCAGUGCCGAUGAUUAUCGGAGUGUCAUCGAUGAUCUGACCAUCGAGAUCAAGAGGCUCAAGGAUGAACUGAAGCGAUACAAGCAGAAGGGACCCGAGAUGAUGAAGCGAGACAAGUUAUUUGAGAUCAAGGUACAUGGUCUUCCGAAACGAAAGAAGAGAGAGUUGGAGAGCACCCUUCGCGACUUUGCGUCCGGACUGGAGAGUAAAUCUCCUAGUGCUGAAACUUCGUCGGCGAGGCAGAAGUCGAGGCACAUGGCCCGAUUAGAGUCCGGGUCCGGAUCCGCUUCCAAGCAUGCAUCCUCAUCAUCAGGCUCUCAAUCGAGGCCUGUCGAUUCUGCUUACGCAUCCAUGUCGAUUGGCGCCAACUCUUCAGGAACUUCUCUUGCACGGCCGUCGAUCAGUUCAAGAGCCAAAUCAUCUGACCAGAAAGUGGAGAACUACCUCAAAGAUAUCCCUGAGGGCCUGUAUCCACGCCACAUGGUUUUGACGGAAAAAGACAAGAAAAAGCUGAUUGUUCGUCGGCUGGAGCAAAUUUUCACGGGCAGGAUCGGUGGCCGGAACUUGACUCAGAACCAGCCAAAAUCUUCUGCGAACAUUGCUUCCUAUGCCCCUAUCAUGGUGGAGCCAGCUACCGGACAUACAACCACGAACCACGGACCAUCCAACGUGCCCAUGGGCUUUCACGAGCCCUCCCGGGAAGCACGUAUCCUGACAUCCGAAGGAAAUAAAGAAUUGGCAAAAGACUACGGAUCCAUGUCCCAUUCGAACGAAGACCAACCUGACUCCGGAGGCAACUCCGCGGUCAAUGACACAUCGCCUCUAGACCCGAUAGUCCCCGAUCAACGACCCACUCGACCGCUCGAUCUUGAUCCGGACCGGAAACAAAACCCGUCCGCGAACAUGGACUACAUCCGUCAUCUCGGCCUGGCCCCGCCUCAUUUAACAGGCCUCGCGACAUACGAGGAUGUAUCUCCGGACGCUGAUGGCUGGGUUUAUUUAAACCUGCUCUGCAACAUGGCCCAGCUGCACAUGCUCAAUGUCGCGCCAGACUACAUUCGCAGCGCCGUUUCCGAGAGGAGCACGAAGUUUCAGCUAUCGCCUGACGGUCGCAAAAUUCGAUGGCGGGGAGGAACCGAAGGGACGAAGUUCAGUAGCGACAGCUCAGGGGACACCUCUCAGACCAGCCCUUCGGAAGGAUCCGAUCCGGACGCGGAGACCGGGCACACGAACAAGCGCAAACGCCGGCAUGCAUCCAAGAGCGGAUUGUCCUCCGCAGGCCAGAACCCAUCGGACCACCUGGGAUCGGGAUUGAAAGUUUCGUCCAUUGACAGUUUCCACUACCAACCGCUCUUUGUUCACCAUUCGUCCUCUGGCGAGCAAACUUCCCAAGAUGAUACGAGCUCUUCAUUCGGUGCCGGCGAUGACAGUAACAAAGGAGAGUCGCGAUGGGGAAAUAGUGGUUCAGGAUCGGCUCGGCGGAAGAGGCGCCGCCUUGAUGGUGCCAUCAUCUACUAUAGCGGUGCCCCCUUCUGCAUGGAUCUAUCUGGUGACCCUGGAGACACGUCUCCGUCAUACUUAAAUUCUACAGGUCAGGAUGAACGGACGUCUAGCGCAGACUCUUCGAGGCCAGCACCAUGCCGCACGGAAUCCGGAUCAGCGCUCCCUUACCGGCCCUUGACCGACGGCGAAAAAGCUCCAAGCUCGGCAGUUGUGACGGAAGCAGGUUCUGUUGACAGCGAGAUGGACAUUGAGGCCGACUUUCCAUGGUCCAACGUUUCUCAAGACGUUGCUCGUAGCAAGAUGGACGCAUGCGGGUUGGGUGGCGUCAUCCCUGACGAUCAUUUCAUGGUUGUCGCUAUCACGAAGAGACCCAAGACAGACAUGUUACCGCCAGUCUCGUCCAAGGUCGAUCCCAAAAACGUUACUAGGAUCGUCAACAGGAUCACAUCUCCAUUGGGAUCUUCGUCGCAGGCCGAGCUUCGCAACACCGAGUUCAAAGGGCGCUCACCCAUCAGUAUCGAGUACACGUCCAGAGCCAUCAGAAAGCUGAAUCCUACACCUUUGCCUCCCCCAGGCAUGUAUUUCUCCUUCGAUAGCGACACUUCCGAGACUUCGGACGAAUAUGACUCGGAGUUUGACGCCCUACCCAGAGCACCGGUUGGGAGUCGGCCUUACCCGACCACAUUUGAUAACCAAUACCCCGAUAAUGUCGAGAUGUCCAGUGGUGAUGAGGAGGAUGUUGAGCCGGAUGACGGAGAUGAGCCGCUGGGCAAGUCAAGCGAGGAGAGCAGCGAGGAAGUUACGAUUCCUAUCCUCCCUCGCGAGAUUCGGCGCACCAGUAGCAGCAGCGCUGUCGCCGCCGCCGGAACGGCUAGAGGUCGCAGCAAGAGCUUGAGUGCCGAGCUCCCUGGCGCUUCGGGCAGUUCGGUCGCCACCGCUGGUGGUGCCGAGAGCGGCUAUAGCAGUGGCUGUGAGGAGAGUGGUUGA